AGAGGCAGUCAGGGAAGUUCCAGCUGCCCUGUGCUUAGCAAGCCACUGCAGUGGCUCUCAGGAAGCCCAAAGGGGCCACAUGCGCUGACUCUCCUUAGCCGCUUCCUCCCGAAUAUCCGUUCCUGGUAGCUGCUGGACUGGGACUGCCUGGAGAAGCACGGAGCUGUGCUCGCUCGGCGCUCGUGGCUGCAGGACACUCGGGCCCAAUGGAUCAGGGAGGCUGGCAGCGGUGGCUGCUGCUGCUGGUGGGCAUCCAGCUGGCCAGCAGCCAGUGCCCAGAGCAGUGCCAGUGUGUGCGUAGUGCCCAGGUGGAGUGCUUUGGUGCUGGCAUCACCACGGUCCCCAGCCCCAUCCCUGCCAACGCCAUGACCCUGCAAAUCAUCAACACGCGCAUCGCCGAGCUGGGCGACGCCGCCUUCGGCAACGCCUCCCUGCUGAUCGGGCUGCGCGUCGAGAAGAACAUCCUGUCGCGCAUCAGCCCCGGAGCCUUCCAGAACCUGCCCGACCUGCGCUACCUCAGCCUGGCCAGCAACAAGCUGCAGGAGCUCCCUGUGCAGGUCUUUGAGCCUCUGGACAAGCUGGAGUCUCUGCUCCUUUCCAGCAACCAGAUCCUCCAGGUCGAGCCUUCCCACUUCGCCCAUCUGAGCAACCUCAAAGAGCUGCAGCUGCACGGGAACAACCUGAAGGAGCUGCAGGAGGGGGUGUUUGACCAGCUGACCAGCCUCACCAAGCUCAACCUGGCCAGGAACAACAUCGACCGCCUGCCGCCCCGGGCCUUCGAGCGGCUGGCGCGGCUGCAGGUGCUGCGGCUCUACGAGAACCGGCUCAGGCACAUCCCGGUGGGCACCUUUGAUGGGCUGCUGGAGCUGCAGGAGCUGGGGCUGCACCAGAACCAGCUGGAGACGCUGUCCCCGGAGCUCUUUGUGCACAACACCAACCUGCAGAAGCUCUACCUGUCCAACAACCUCCUCACCGCUCUGCCGAGCGGUGUCUUCUUGCCCCUGCACGCUCUCGCCAAGAUCACCCUGCAUGUCAACCGCCUGCGGGACAUCUCUCCCAGUGCCUUUGGGCCCAUGCCCAACCUGCAGGAGCUCUGGCUUUACGAGAAUGAGCUUUCCACCCUCCCCACCGCCGUCUUCAGCAACCUCACCCAGCUGCAGCUCCUGGUUCUCAGCAAGAACCGGCUGCGGUCGGUGGCACCGGGGGCUUUCCAGGGCUUGGGGGAGCUGCUGGAGCUGUCGCUGCACUCCAAUGCCCUGCGCCGUCUGGAUGCCCGGGCACUGGAGGGGCUGCCCAAGCUGCAGAACAUCUCUCUGCACCACAACCAGCUGCAGGCACUGCCACGGGGCCUCUUUGGGGCUACCCCUGGGCUGCGGCACCUGCAGCUGCACUCUAAUGCCCUGGAGUACCUGCCUGCCGGCAUCUUCUCCCCGCUGACUGCCCUGCGAGAGGUGAGGCUGCACAACAACUCCUGGCGCUGUGACAAGGGCAUCCUGCCCCUGCAGGGCUGGCUGGAGGAGAACCCUCACAAGGUGGGUGAGAUACCCCCGCUGUGUGCCCAGCCUCUCGCCCUGCAGGGCAUCCCCAUCGCUGGACUACCACAGGACCAUUUCCUCGACCCCCAGCCCCCUACUGCUGCUCCCCAUCCCAGCACCCUGCUCCCUGCUGACACCUCUGGGGAAGCAUCACCAGAAGAUGCCUCGAUGGAGCCCCCCACGGGGCUGCCAGCCUCCCCACAGGAGGAGGAGGAGGAGGAGAGGAAGGAGGAGGAAGAGAGGGGGCAGUGGGGGCUGACACGCCUGCAGAGUGGGGUGGUGGUGGCAGUCAUCGUGCUGGUGUGUGUGGCCCUGCUGGCUGCUCUGGUGGCACUGGUGGUCUACGGCUGCAGGAAGAAGAGCCAUGUUGUGCUCAUGAGGAUGAAGGCUCCGAAUGAACUGACUUCCCAUCUGCCCCAGAAAACACUGUCCCAUCUCAGCAAGCAGCAUCCCUGCAAAUCUGCCACAGGUUCAGCGACCAUGCCCGUGAUGCCACACUUGUGCAGGCUGGUGAUCUGUGUGUUGCUGGACCUGGGGUCCCUGCUGGUGGGGGCACUGUCCCCAUCCUGCCCCCCUACCUGCCAGUGCUACGACACCUCCAAAGUCUUCUGCUCAAACGAAAGAAUGCGGGAGAUCCCGGAGGGCCUGCCAGGAAGUGCCACCCACCUCUUCUUCGUGGAGACAGCCCUGAGCAGCGUCCACAGCAGGGACUUGGGCUCCAGCACCAUCCUCACCAAGCUGGUCUUCAUCAAUAACAACAUCCAGGAGCUGGAGGCUGGUGCCUUUCAGGGGCUGCCCAGCCUUACUGAGCUGGAGGUGUCAGGCAGCCCCUUGCCAGCCGUCAGCCCUGGGGUGCUGGCAGGGCUGAGCAGCCUCCUGAAGCUCUCCCUCAAUGCCAACGCCAUCCGCACCCUGCAGCCGGGGCUCUUCACUGCCUCUUGCCGCCUGCAGGACCUGAGCUUGUCAGGGAACAGGAUUGAGGCACUGCCCCCUGGCAUCUUCCGCCCACUCCGGCGGCUCCAGGCCCUGGACCUCUCACAGAAUUUUCUGGCUGAGCUGCCGGAUGGGCUGCUGGCCCCGCUUACCGCCCUCCGUGUCCUCAAGCUCAGUGACAACCUGCUGGCACAGGUGCCUCCUGGUGCUUUCAGGGCACUUGGCCAGCUGACUGAGCUCCACCUGGAUGGCAACCAGCUGGAGGAGCUGCCCUCCGGCAUCUUCUCCGGGCUGGGGGGGCUGCGGCGGCUGCAGCUGCAGCACAAUGCCCUGGGCAACCUGGCCCCUGACAUCUUCACAGGUCUCCUCAACCUCACUGUCCUCAGCCUGGAGGGUAACAACCUGGCCACCGUGCCUGCCAUCCUGCUCACUGGCACCCCUGGCCUCCUCCACCUCUCGCUGGCUCGUAACCAGCUGGAGACACUGCCCCAGGAGCUCUUUGCUAACCUGUCGGUGCUGGAGACCCUGGUGCUCUCACACAAUGCCAUGGAUCACUUGCCCACGGGGGUUUUCCAGGGGCUGGCAGGGCUGACAGAGCUACAGCUGAGCCACAACAAUCUCUCCAGCCUGCCGGCGAGGCUGCUGGCUGGGCUGCCCCUCCUCACUGCCCUGGUGCUGGACCACAACCGCCUGGCCCGCCUGCCCCCGGGGUUCUUCGAUGCCAACGAUGAACUGGUGCGUGUGGGGCUGUCCGACAACCCCUGGGUCUGUGACUGCCACCUCUCCUACCUCCUGCACUGGCUCCAGAGCUUUGCUGAGCCCCUCAUCCACGGCCAAGCCUUCUGCUCCAAUCCAAGUGCUCUCCGGGGCCAGUCCCUGCUGGAGGUCUCCCGCGGGCAGCUGGAGUGCCCAGGAGCACACGGUGUCCCCCCGGAGGAAGGCUGGGACACAGAUGCUGCGGGGCAGUGCACUUACACCAACCCCGAGGGCACUGUAAGCGUGGCCUGCAAUGCCACAGCCUGCCAGCGGCUCAGCCUUCGCCUCCCUCCUCCUGGGCAGGAGCAGGGCUUGGGGCCGGGAUACCGGCGUGCCUGGGUGCUGCGCUCCCGCUGUGGCACGCUGCAGGUCAGUGUCCUUGUCACAGCACAGAGCAGGAACGAGGCCACACCACCAGGUCUCCCCUCGGUGCCCUAGAGCUUGGGCAGGCGUUUGCUUCUACUCCGGCAGCCUCUGAACCAGCCUGGGAAGCAAAACAGCUCUCUGUCUUGCUCUGCUACCGCUGCCAUGGUCACCGGCUGUCACCGAGCUCCCUGCAACAGCUGGCCUGGUGGUAUUUAUCCUCUCAGCUAUGUGU